AUGCUCGAAUGUUUUGUUUCACAGAAGGACCUGCAGCAGCUGAAGAGAAUGGGAAUCAGGCAAAUGUUGAUACAGUUUGUGAAUGCUGCGUAUUCAAUAAGUGGCACGUACAUGAUAUGGAAGUUGAUUUCUGUGCUAUUAAAUAAUGAUAGUCCAAUAGUUGUUGUACUGAGUGAAAGUAUGGCGCCUGGAUUUGAAAGAGGAGACAUUCUCUGGCUUGCAGAAAGGAAGUUUGGUGUUGGAGACAUGGCAGUGUUCAAAUUCAACAAUGAGGACAUUCCGUGUGUCCAUCGAUGCAUCAAGCAAUUCGGCGAAAGAUAUCUUACAAAGGGAGACAACAACAUGAGUGAUGAUGUUUCUCUGUAUCCAAGAGGACGGAAUUACCUGAGGCCCGAUGAAAUCAAGAGUAUUGUUGUUGGAUAUGUUCCUUACUUUGGAUGGCUGAACCUGUGGAUUACCCGUAUUCCAGGUGUAAAGGCAUUGGCAUUUUUGAUUCUUUCACUGCCUGUCUUAUUAAUACGUGAGGAGUGA